UUAGAUUUCCAGAGAGAUGUUUCUCCUCUUCAGCCUCUUCGGACUCAUCUUUGUUCCUUUGCUGUGUUCUUCUCAAUGUCCUUUGAUUUAUAAACGAUUCAGUCCGGAGCACUCUUUCUGCAAAUCUCGAAAUCCCCAGUGCACAAUCUUCUCUUCAGGAUUGCAGUCAUUUCAAGAGAAAGAAGAGAUUCUGAGAGAGCAUAACAAAUACAGGAGCAAAUGUGCUCUUGGAAAUGAGAGAGAGGCUGGGGGUCUCCCUACUGCUGCUGACAUGAUGGAAAUGGUAUGGGAUGAGGAGCUUGCUGCAAUAGCUCAAAAAUGGGCCGAACAGUGUGAAUUUUAUCAUGAUUGCAACACUUGCAGAGAAGUUAAUAGCUAUAACGUUGGUCAAAAUAUCGGUUACAAGCAGUGGUCUUGUCCAAACAGAGGUUGCUGGUCCGCGGACAAACUUCAUCCACGAAACUGGACUGCCAUUAUACAGAUGUUUAUUGACGAAAUCAAACUUUUCGACAAAAACUUGGUCAAAUCUAUACAAUUCGACGCAAGGAAGGCCUUUGGACAUCUGACGCAAAUAAUUUGGGCGAAGACAUGGAGAAUCGGAUGCGGUUAUGUGGCCCAUCUCCAAGGAAACGAGUACAGGCAACUCUAUGUUUGUAAUUAUGGACCUGGUGGAAAUAUAAUAUCGAAACCAGUGUAUGCUACAGGCAAACCUUGUUCUCAGUGCCCUGCAAAUACAUGUUGCGGUGCAUCCUGUAAACAGCGAAACAAUUAUCCAGGACUGUGUCGUAUACUGGGUGAUAAAGACGUACCAAUGUAUCGAAAUGCAAGAAAAAGUAUCUUUUAUGCCGAUUUCGGAAAAAGCAGCCUAUCUGACAACCCCAUGUCUGCUACAGGGGUCAAUAAUUGGAAGAUCAGAAAGACUUUAUCUGGAAACAUUCUACAUAUUGUGUUGAACAGCGGAGAAAGUAGUUCUCUAAGUUUCAACAAAGCCAUUUUACCAUCCCAGCCGUUCUGUAUGACAAUGAAGUACAGGAAAGGACCGAAUGUCGCUGGUCAAUUGGAUUCGAACAAAAUGGAGAUGCUUUUCGAACCGGAGGGGAUGUUACCCGUUAAUGUUCACAUUAAUCCGUCUUCUUCAGAUUUUUUUACUUAUAAUCUGGACUUAAGUUGGAAAGGAGCGACGAAGUUUUUGUUGAAGUUUUCAGUCCCACCUAAUGCUCCGCCACAAUAUUUGGAUGUGCAAAGUAUUCUUGCCAGCAACGGAGAAUGCAAAACAGAUGAAAACUCUUGAGUAUUCGCUCUGAUAUACAAGGCUCUUGUCUCCUAGCAUUAAAGGAUCAAAACUAAAGUCUUACCAGCUUAAA